UAAUAGUAUUAAUAAUUCGAGCAGACCAACUAAAACUCAACCUCUCACUGAAAUUGCUGCUUCGAACAAGCAAUUGAUACAGAGAAAUCGCCAAUCUAAUUCCCCUUGGCGUUUAGUUCUUCAUUGCAAGGAUUCUUGAUUGGUUUCCUCAUUUGGGUGUUUUUCAAUUUCCAUUUUCCAACGGAGAAUCAGAGUGUGAUUUCGUUGAGGCAAAUAGUCAAACACUUUAAUGGCGUCGAUAAAAUCCUUCCCCACGGGAUUGGAGGGUUCCACACUCGCAAAUCGUCAUCGGCCAUUGAUCUCUGUACUAGCCUACAGGCCGAGGAAAGUUGGGGGAAUUGCGGAUUGCAAUUCACCUGGAUUUUCGAACAAUUCGUCGGUGGAUCUUCUCAGCAGACGUCGGAGUUUGGGCAGACAGCGUGUAAAGGCUGCUUCAGCGGAGGAUGAGGCGGAGGACAGUUUGCAGGCCACGAUUGAGAAGAGCAAAAAGGUUCUCGCUAUACAAAAGGACCUUUUACAACAGAUUGCUGAAAGGAAGAGAUUGGUUUCAUCGAUUAAAAAUACCUUAAUCGACCCUGAAGGUGGCGAACAGCCUUAUAAGGAGAGUAAGGUCACUAUUUCCAGUGACGAAGCUUCGGCUGAAAGUGAAGAAAAUGGAAAUGACCUUCCUGUUAAUCGAGUUCCAUUCGAUGCUAGUCCCACAAAGCAGACGAAAGCUGAUAGCUCUUGGGGUGUCCAAUCUAAGGAAGUGCCAAAAAUGCCAUGGCAAUCCUCUGCACCGCCUAUACCACAGCCUUCGUCAAGUAAUAGUUUUUACAAUGAGUCAAAAUAUAGUGCUGAGGUGAUAACGUCUAGUACAAAUACCUAUACUGAAGAAGAUUCAGAUGGAAAGUCCAAGGAUACUACAAUAAAGACAUCGAUCAUACUUGAAAAAUCAUCAAGGAAGGAAGAGGAGCAACAUGAAGAUGCAAGAAAAUCAAACCCCGAGAAUGGAAAUGUUAAAGCUGAAGAUCCCACGAACGAAGAUGCUAACCCCCCUCCACUGGCUGGGGCCAAUGUAAUGAAUGUGAUAAUUGUUGCUGCAGAAUGUGCACCUUGGGUCAAGACUGGUGGGCUUGGAGAUGUUGCUGGAUCUUUACCUAAGGCUUUGGCUAGGCGUGGGCACAGAGUCAUGGUUGUUGUACCUCGCUAUGGUGAUUAUGUUGAAGCUCAAGAUUCAGGUGUUAGGAAGAGAUAUCAAGUAGAUGGUCAAGAUUUUGAAGUUAAUUACUUCCAUGCCUACAUCGAUUGUGUCGAUUUCGUUUUUAUUGAUAACCCUCUCUUUCGGAAUAUAGGGAACAAUAUAUAUGGAGGAAUUCGUUCGGAUAUUCUGAAGCGCAUGGUGUUGUUCUGCAAAGCAGCUGUCGAGGUGCCUUGGCAUGUUCCCUGCGGUGGAGUUUGCUAUGGAGAUGGAAAUUUGGCAUUCAUUGCUAAUGAUUGGCACACUGCCUUGCUGCCCGUCUACCUUAAGGCAUACUAUAGGGACAAUGGUUUAAUGCAAUAUGCGAGAUCUGUCCUCGUGAUUCAUAACAUAGCUCAUCAGGGUCGUGGUCCUGUCGAUGAUUUCAACAUCGUGGAUCUUCCACCUCACUAUCUCGACGUAUUCAAAUUGUACGAUCCAGUUGGAGGAGAACACUUCAACAUCUUUGCUGCAGGUCUUAAAACUGCUGAUCGUAUUGUUACAGUUAGUCACGGAUACGCUUGGGAGCUAAAAACUUCUGAAGGUGGCUGGGGUCUACACCAAAUUAUUAAUGAGAACGACUGGAAGCUACGUGGAAUAGUGAACGGGAUUGAUACAAAAGAAUGGAGCCCUGAGGUGGACAUUCACCUUAAGUCUGACGGGUAUGUUAAUUACUCCGUCGACACCUUGCAAAUAGGCAAAUCUCAGUGCAAAGCAGCACUGCAGAAGGAGCUAGGGCUGCCCAUACGUGAAGAUGUUCCAGUGAUUGGCUUCAUCGGGAGGCUCGACAAUCAAAAAGGCGUUGAUCUGAUAGCUGAAGCAGUGCCAUGGAUGAUGGGACAGGACGUGCAGCUGGUGAUGCUGGGCACGGGUAGGCACGAUCUCGAGGAGCUGCUGAGGAAGUUCGAGAGAGAGCACUACAACAAGGUGAGAGGAUGGGUUGGCUUCUCUGUGAAGACGGCUCAUAGGAUAACUGCUGGUGCGGAUAUACUCCUGAUGCCGUCGAGGUUCGAGCCAUGUGGUCUGAAUCAGCUCUAUGCAAUGCGUUAUGGAACGAUCCCGGUCGUGCAUGCUGUGGGCGGGCUAAAGGACACCGUGCAGCCCUUCAACCCAUUUGAGGAAUCAGGGCUCGGAUGGACAUUCUCCCGAGCAGAGAAAGACGAGCUGAUACACGCUCUGGGGAACUGUUUCUUGACAUAUCGCGAGUACAAAGAGAGCUGGGAGGGGCUGCAGAAACGCGGUAUGUUGAGAGAUCUGAGCUGGGACAAUGCGGCACAGAACUACGAGGAAGUUCUUGUUGCGGCCAAGUAUCAAUGGUGAUAUCUGUGUCCUAACAUCAGCUGCAUCUCUUUUUACUGUGUUUGAAGAAUUGAAGUAUAGUAGGAUAUGUUUUUUAACUGUGUAAUUGAUGUGUUUAAAGUAGUAGGAUAUGUGGUAGGUGUCACUGAAGAUAAUUAUUUUGUUAGGUUUCUCAUAGAAUACUUUUUUCAACUUCUUGUAAUCAUAUUGCUAUAAAGUGAUUUCUUACUAAACUA